UAUAUGCAACUGAUUAUACAUGGUUGAGAACAUAACAUUACUUUAGUUCAUAUUUUCCAUCAAUGUUUCUUUUGGUUUCUUCGUGUUAAGUUCUACUGAUUUCCAAAGACAGUUACCAUUCAGCUAUCCAGAGAUGACUACGAGCGUUAAAAUUAAGGAGACGUACGAGGUGGAAUCAAAAUUGGGGGCCUUCUAUACUGGCGGCAAUGUCGAAUGGCACGAAGACAAGAUCUUCUGCCAAACUGCAACUCACGUAAAUUUAGUUGAUGUAAACAGUGGAGCAGUCACUGCCCGGAUAGGUUUGGUAAAUGAGGACUCUGAGGCUGAAAUCGAUGCUAUCCACACAUUCACAUCACAUGGAUCAACAAUUGUCACAUCACACAACAGUGGUUUGUUGCGACUUUGGUCUAUGGAUGGAGAGAUGACAAAGAUGUGGAAGUACAUCCACAUAGGCCCAAUUGCUAAAUUGAAUUUGAAGGAUUCAGUUUUGGCCAGUGGAGGAGCCGAUGGUGUUGUGAGAGUCUGGGAUUUAGAACACCAUGUUUGUAUACUGGGUUUGAGAAAUUGCAGUGGAGUAGUUAACUUGGUGGAGUUUUCUCCAGAUUUAAAUUCCAUUUAUGCCUCAGGAGAUGAUGGUAAAAUUGUGUCUCACUCUCUUCCAAAAGGAGAAGUAAAACAAAUUUACAGUGGACAUUAUAGCAAAGUGACAAGCCUCAGUUUUCAUCAUGAUGAAAAAUAUUUUGUCUCUGGUGGAAGAGAUAAGGUUUUGAUGAUGUGGGAAAUUGGAAAUGCAACAGCUUUGAAAACAAUACCUUUGUAUGAAGAAAUUGAGUCUGUGAUCGCCAUGCCUGAAAAGUUCAUUUUGGGAGAUUUCCAAUCUGGUUCAGGUGUUUAUGUGGCAACUGGAGGAAGUAAUGGAAUUGUCAGAGUUUGGGAUGCUAAAAAUGCUAAAGAAGUAUAUGUUCAAUCGAAUUCUUUAGUGAGCAAGAGUAAAGAAGAAGGUGGAUUAGCUAUAACGAAAUUAGUUCCCAGUUCUGAUAUCAAGAGUAUCGGCGUGGUGAGUGCCGAACAAAAUAUUAUUUUGCAUAAUUUGGAAACGUUUGAAGUCGCGAAACAAAUGAUUGGAUUCAGCGAUGAAAUAUUGGAUAUUAUCUUCUGUGGACAGAAUGAUUCGCAUUUGGCUGUGGCGACGAAUUCCAACGAUAUUAAAAUUUACGAAACGUCCAGCAUGAAUUGUAAUAUACUAAAAGGACACACGGAUAUUGUGCUUGCUCUGGGUAAAGCGCAAUUCAAUGUUAACUAUAUUGUAUCGUCCAGUAAAGAUAACACAUUGAGAUUGUGGGACAUUUCGACUUUGAAAUGUUUAGCUGUUGGUCACGGGCAUACGGCUUCUGUUGGUUCGGUGUCUUUCGCGAACUCCAACCAAUUCAUAGUAUCAGCCAGUCAAGAUACAUGCUUGAAAAUUUGGACAAUUGACGAAAAGAACUUGGUCUGCGAGAAAACACAGCAAGCCCACGCAAAGGAUAUUAACGGUGUUUGCGUUUCGCCCAAUGAUAAACUGAUUGCCAGUUGCUCGCAGGAUAAAAUGGUGAAAUUGUGGACGGAAAACUUAACUGCUUUGGGAACUUUGAAAGGUCACAGAAGAGGUGUGUGGUCUGUGAGAUUCUCCCCAAUCGAUCAAGUCCUUAUGUCAUCGUCGGCGGAUUGUACUAUCAAACUUUGGUCUAUAACAGAUUUAAAUUGUAUCAAAACUAUAGAAGGGCACGAAGCUAGUGUAGUGAGAGCUGAUUUUUUGUCGUGCGGUUUACAAAUCAUCUCGGCCGGAGCGGACGGUUUACUAAAAUUAUUCGAUGUCAAAAGUGGAGAAUGCACAUCGACUUUCGAUGAGCACGAGGCCAGAAUUUGGGCUUUGGCCGUCGACAAAAGUGAGGGUAAUCUGGUAUCAGGUGGUGCUGAUUCUACUCUGAUCAGAUGGAAAGAUGUUACGGAAAUUAAGAAACUCGAGAGAAUUCAGGAAGCCGAGCAGUUGAGUUUAGAGGAGCAGAAACUGCAGAACUACAUACACGAAAAUAAUUUGAUUAAGGCGCUGAAAUUGGCUCUGAAGCUCGGGAAACCGUACCAAGUAUUAAAGAUUAUUCAGGGUGUACUGAAACAGAACGACAACGCUCUGACGGAUGCUAUCAAAGAGCUAAGGAAUGACCACAAAGAGUCUUUGCUUAAGUGCUGCAUGGAUUGGAACACCAAUAGCAGAAAUUGCCAGGCGGCACAAUUGGUUUUGAACAUUCUGAUUAACGAGGUGCAGAGCGGAGAAUUUAGGCCUGUUGGAUUGAGCGGCUCGAUAGAAUCCGCUUUACCAUACACCGAAAGACAUUUUAAGAGGGUCACUCAGAUGGUCCAAGAUUUCCACUUCAUUGAUUAUACCAUAAACUGUAUGCUUCCUCAUAGCAAAGUCAAUAAAUAAGAUAUUAUUAAUUAA